CCCGUAUACUACAAUUCCCAGUAUGCUUUGCGCUCACUCGCGCACGGCAGUCGGCGAAGGGAGCGGGCGCGCUGCAUGCCGGCGCAUGUAGUCCUUUCCCCCUCCCUCUCCGUCCUCGCGUUGAAGGUCUCGAAGAGAAAGCGAUAGGAAGGCUUUUUUGGAUGCCCCUUCCUGAUAGGCCGCGCCAACUUGACGGGGCGGGAAGAAACGUGGGGGGUGGAGCGAAGAAAGAGAGAAACAAACAGUAUAAACAGUAUAUACAGUACAGUAAUAGGGAAGAAGAUUGGAUUGACGUGCGCGUGGGCCUAUAGCGUGGCGGCGGCGCUGUCGCUGGGCGGGCGGGCAGCCCGUGAGGGGGAGGCCUGUGGCGCUCGUCUUCUUGUACUGAGCCUGAGAGGAGGUGACGACGACGGUGAGGCAGCCUGAGGCGAGUCCCCUCAGCGACGGGGCAACCGAAGGAAGGAUCUAGCACAUCUUGACAGAAGAUUAUUCAUAAAAGAUGGAGAGCCUGCUGUGAGAAGAAUCAUUCAUCUUUGCUUUGUGCCUGCCUUUGGAAGGACAAAAUUACACGAAUUCUCCCAAGAUUUCCUCUGAAAGUUUGGUAUCUUGUGAAUCUUUCAGUCUGGCUGUGUGUUUAGUAUGCGGAUUGUACCUCUUCACUAAUGAGAGGGAGAAUGGGAACCCAGGGCAGCCCUGUGAAGAGCUAUGAUUAUCUGCUCAAGUUCUUGUUGGUGGGUGACAGUGAUGUGGGCAAGGGAGAAAUCCUGGAGAGCCUUCAAGAUGGAGCAUCUGAAUCGCCUUAUGCAUACAGUAACGGAAUUGACUACAAGACCACAACAAUCCUGUUAGAUGGCAGAAGGGUCAAACUGGAACUCUGGGAUACAUCAGGCCAAGGGAGGUUCUGUACAAUUUUUCGAUCAUACUCCAGGGGAGCACAGGGAAUCCUCUUGGUAUACGACAUUACCAAUCGCUGGUCUUUUGACGGAAUAGACCGAUGGAUCAAAGAAAUAGAUGAACAUGCCCCUGGUGUACCCCGCAUCUUGGUUGGCAACCGGCUUCACCUGGCCUUUAAACGGCAGGUGCCGACAGAGCAGGCUCGGUCCUAUGCAGAGAAAAAUUGCAUGACAUUCUUUGAGGUCAGCCCAUUGUGCAACUUCAAUGUGAUUGAGUCCUUCACAGAGCUGUCUCGUAUUGUGCUGAUGAGGCAUGGCAUGGAAAAGAUCUGGAGGCCCAACAGAGUGUUCAGUCUGCAAGACCUCUGCUGCCGUGCCAUCGUUUCCUGCACACCCGUCCACCUUAUUGACAAGCUGCCCCUUCCUGUCACCAUCAAGAGCCACUUGAAGUCCUUCUCCAUGGCCAAUGGCAUGAACGCGGUGAUGAUGCACGGCCGCUCGUACUCCUUGGCCAGCAGCGGAGGUGGGAGCAGCAGCAAAGGCAACAGCCUGAAGCGCUCCAAGUCUAUCCGUCCACCCCAGAGCCCACCACAGAACUGCUCCCGUAACAACUGCAAGAUCUCUUAGCAAGUCCGUGCUGGGGCGCGUCUCCUCCAGCCGCACACAUAUACCUGCUCGCCAUUGUACAGAUGUUUACACUCACGUAACCCAUUCCACUGGGAUCCCCUCUGACAUUCCUCUGUCACUCCAUCGGCAAUGCCUACAGGAUUGGCAAAGGGCUUGUGGACUGGCGUGGGGCUGGGCAGGAUCCCGCACGGCAACGGCAAGGUUGUGCUGAAUCAGCCUUCCCGGAAUGCAGUAGGUCCCCCCCGUUGUCCUGCUCUGGAGGGAUGACUGCAUGGCUGCCUCAAGGGAAUGACUCUCUCCCUCCACUUGUGGGGAGUAGAUGGGACUCUGUGCUGCAUCUUUAUCCUUGGGCUCCCAAGUAGAUUGUUGGUGCUACAGUGGACAUUGAUUCUCUUUAUAAAGGGGUGGUGGUGGCAGGAAUUAUAGCAACUUCAGCCCAGGUGGAGACCUGCCUUUACCCAACAGAAAGACCAUCACUAGCUGGAGAUCUUUAGGAAGCAGGCUGCUGACAUUUUCACUUAUUUAUAAAGAAACUCUCACUACUUUUUUUUUAAGACCUCCUCCCACCACUCUCUCUGUUUUUUUUUCCGAAGGGAAGGACAUUAGGGGGAAAAUGUUAUGCCGCCUUGUAAAUAGAAGUACUGAGCCUUGAACCCUGGGGCUAAUUGAAGUAGGAGGGGGGUCAAGGGGCAAAAUGAUCAAACACUCUGAGAAUUGUAUAAGAGGCACAGGGUUGCUCUUGAGAUUUUCUUUUUCAUUCUGUUUAUGAAAAGAGGGAGGGAUUUGUUCCUUUCUUCUUUUUUAAUCUAAAAUUUUCCAGACAUUCCUGGUAACAAGUGUGUGGCUUAAAUGGACAGCAAGAGCAAGAGUUUUGUAUCGCAUUGCUGUGUUUGGAGGGGGAGGGGAGAGAUGAGAGUGUGGGAGUCCUGACUACAUCUGGAAUUGGUUAAUGACUGAUCAAGCCACCUCUGCCUCCCAGGGGGCUAAAGGCAAAAGGUUAGGCUGUACCAAAUCUCAAAAAGAUCCUGGCUGGGGUGGGGGUUAGGGAGGAGAGGGCAUCACCAGAAAAUGCUGCUUUUUAAAAAAAAAAUGGCUUGAUAUAACUACUGGGUUGUGUGAGGCAUGGGGAGCUCCUGAACUACACCUCGUGCAGCCUGUUCUCUGGCUGGGCAGAAGUCCUUGCAUGUUACAGCAGUGUUGCUUUUGUAGGCAGCUGCUUGCUUUGAGGCUCUCUAGCCCUUAGAUAUUGCCAGUCCUGUUCAUGCAGAUUCUCUGAGCUGCAGAGUAGCCCAGCGACCUCAAAUAGGUCUUGGAUAUCCAGAGCAUAUGUACUUCCCCCCUCCUUUCCCCCUCUUCACUUUUUAAAAAAAAAAUGAAUUGACAUAAUCAGUCACCAACUUUGUACACAGAUAAGAGCAUCUCUUUAUAGCAUGUAUAAGAAUAUUAAGAUUCUUGGGGGCAGCUUGCAAGGAAGGGGAAUACCGAGAAAUUAGAUUUGGCCACCAGACCCUAGAACAGAGACAGUCUGUUUGUAAAUUAGAAGUGUGCUGCGUGUUGAGGUGAGCCUUUUCCUUCAGCGCCCCAACAGGCCACUAAGACAAUGAUUUGUUGGGCCUAGUUGCAGCUUCUGUGACUCUUUCCUCUGUGUGCUGUCUGUCUGUUCACCUGGAUUCUGGAGGCUCUUUGAGUUGUUUGUGCUGCUGCCAGUGCACAUUGGGCAGGUGCUUUAGCUUUGGCUAAAGCUGUAAAUUCAUUGGCAAUUUUAUAUCUGCCAGUUUUGAGCAAUGCCUUCCAGCCUGUCUUAAGUUAAAAGGAGAAGCUAGUUUGAUGGGAAAUGAGGCAAAAGUGGGUGGAGGGCCAUGCAGUCGCCUGUCAGCUUUAUCGAUACAGCUUAUGAAUGGCAUUCCGGGGUCUUUGAUUUAUUCACCUGCUUCAAUGCCCAUUCCCCCUUUUCAGACCUGGUGAAUGUUUCCUCCUGGGUGCCUUUCCGCAACAGCACUUGCUCUCCUGGUCGGUACUGGCCACUUGACCAUAUUGCAGAUUUGAUUGGGAGGCAUGGUGGUGCCGGGUGCCCAUCGCACAUCUGAUGGCCCAUCUUGUUCAGGAACUUUUGACAGGAGCCUGGCUGGCAGAGCUGCAGUUUAUUGACUGCUCCGAUAGGGCUUGGCACAAGGGGUGAGCUGAGCACCACCGCUGGCAUGGACUCAAAGUGGGUGGAGGGGACAGGUCAAGGGCAGGGGAAAGCCUUUAGCGGCAUCUCGUCGGGCUGUGAACAAAGCCGUAGCCAAAUCCAGGGCAGGAGCUUGGGAGAUUUACAGGGCAUGUCCGCACAGCCAGGGCCACCUGUUGCCGCUUGCUCAAAAUGGAGUGGGAGACAAUCACUGACUCAACAGCCUGGCAUUCUGGGGAUGUGCAGUGAACAGGUGAUCUAGGAGGCAGCCUGGACGCAGCCAUCUUUCCAUCCUUGGUUUUAAAAUAGCCACUUUCCAAAAGAGCUAUAGAAUGUGCAUUGUCUUUCUGAAGAAUUACAGGGAGUGCCCUCCCCCACCCAGCCCUGCUUGGCAGGCUGUAAAUCCCUCCCUAUUGUGUCUCCAGCAUAUGAUAUAGCUUGCCCAUAAUUCUGCUGCUGGAAGGAAGUGGCCGUGGAGCUUUUCUUAUCAGAGGGUAGAAGGUUUGAAUUACCUGCACUUGUUCUCUUACUUGUACAUGCAUAAUAUUCAGUUUCACCUAAACACCUGUGUUUUAAUCUUCUUUAUUUUUUAAUCAGUGCAAAUUACGUGGAAUUCUGGUAUAUCUGCAAAUCAAAGCUGAAUUCAUACCUUAUUUUCUUAAUGUUCAACUCAAAGAUUGUGAUCUGAUAUCAAAACACUAGAAACUAGCUGCUGUCCAACACUCAUACCAUUCCUCUGUUUUUAAUUUGUUUGUACAGUAAAUGUUGUUAAAACUGAUGUUUUUUAUAUAAAUUAAAAAAAAUUGUUUUAAAAACUA